AUGUCAUUUAAUCACCCACUAUACGACUGGUUGAAACAGUUUCAGUUUGUGUUGGCGUCAACAUCGCCACGAAGAUUGGAGAUUCUCCAGAAGAACCUUCAAAUCCAAGAUAUCACGAUCAUGCCAUCUAACUUUGAGGAGAAUCUACUGAAAGAAGAACACAGCUGCCAGGAAUACGUCUCCAAUACGUCAUUAGGAAAGGGACAAGCGGUGGUGAAGCAAUUGAUCUCGCAAAACGGACCCAGCUCAGUUAUCUUGUCGUCCGACACCAUUAUCACUUGCAAUCAGGAAGUAUUCGAAAAGCCCCAAACGAAGGAAAGACAGCUUGAAAUGUUCCGAAAAUAUUGCCAGCAUCCUGACUUGGAAGUUAUAACGUCAGUGAAUGUUAUAAAAUACGAUUCAGCUACGAAAGACUCGAUCAUAAAAUCGGCCAUCGAGAUCACCAAGCUAAGGUUCAACGACAAAUUGUCGGACGAAUUCUUGCAAAAUUAUGUUGAAAGCGAAGAGGGUUUGCAUGUGGCAGGUGGCUUCAAGUACCAGGAACUAGGAUGUUUAUUGUUUAAGUCUAUUGAGGGUGACUAUUUCAACAUUGUUGGUUUACCUGCUAGCACCACGUUCCAGUUAUUGUCUGACAUUUUACAACCGAUUGAAUGA